AUGAGGCAAGAAAUUCACAGACCUGUACCGAAAGUAUACAUGUGGAAACAACUUCAGUCCAACCGCUGUCUGACAUACAAGCGCUAUUCACCUCCAUUUGUUACUGAUCACUUUGAGGAUCCUUGGCUAACAUCAAAAAGCCUUCACAGAGCACAAGACGCCCAAGGCAAACCCACACUUGAAUCAUCAAGAGCCUCUGCAGAUCUUGCGCUCGCUAUUGUCGGUGGCCCUAUGUCUUCUGGAGGCGGGAUUCUGGUCUAUCAGUCAGGCGCACCGAAGACACAGGGCCGAAAUAAACACAUGUCAGAAACCAAACUGUCUACAAGCAAAGCGGGACAAAUGUCAGAUGCACACUGCCUAUAA